GAAACUGCAGUAAGUGGCCCACAGAGCCGCAGCCGCGGCCGUCUCCUCUCCACGCGGGCGAAGGCCCCGGGCGUGCGCUGGCCCCUGUCAUGCCCUCUGCGUCUUCCGCGGGGCCCUCGGCCAUGGCUGCCCCCAAUGCCACGGCGGCAGCGGCAGCGUGGACUAACGUCAGCAUGCCGGAGACGCCCCUGUUCCACCUGUUUGCUCUGCUGGACGAGGAGCUGCACGCCGCCUUCCCAGGCCUGUGGCUGGCGCUGAUGGCGGUGCAUGGCGUCAUCUUCCUGGUGGGGCUGGUGCUCAACGGGCUGGCGCUGUACGUCUUCGGCUGCCGCACCCAGGCCAAGACGCCGUCGAUCAUCUACACCAUCAACCUGGUGGUGACCGACCUGCUGGUGGGCCUGUCCCUGCCCGCGCGCUUUGCUGUCUUCUACGGCACCCGCGGCUGCCUGCGCUGCGCCCUCCCGCACGUCUUUGGCUACUUCCUCAACAUGCACUGCUCCAUCCUCUUCCUCACCUGCAUCUGCGUGGACCGCUACCUGGCCAUCGUGCAGCCCGAUGGUUGCCGCCGCUGGCGCCAGCCUGCCUGCGCCAGAGCAGUGUGCGCCUUUGUGUGGCUGGCCGCCGGCGCCGUGACCCUGUCCGUGCUGGGCGUGACGGCCACCGGCGGGCCCUGCUGCCGCGUCUUUGCGCUGACCGUCCUGGAGUUCCUGCUGCCGCUGCUGGUCAUUAGCGUGUUCACCGGCCGCGUCGUGUGCGCGCUGUCGCGGCCGGGCCUGCCGCGCCAGGGCCGCCAGCGCCGCGUGCGGGCCGUGCAGCUGCUGCUUACCGUGCUCGUCAUCUUCCUCGUCUGCUUCACGCCCUUCCACGCCCGCCAGGUGGCUGUGGCGCUGUGGCCCGACGUGCCACGCCACACCAGCCUCGUGGUCUAUCAUGUGGCCGUGACCCUCAGCAGCCUCAACAGCUGCAUGGACCCCAUCGUCUACUGCUUCGUCACCAGCAGCUUCCAGACCACUGUCCGUGGCCUCUUCCGCCGGCACGGAGCGGAGCGCGAGCCCAACAGCUGCGACGUGGUCAGCAUGCGCAAGAGCUCCAAGGACUCAGCUCACCAUCACAUCCUCGGCGCCAGACCCCGAGCCCUCACGCCGGCCCUGGCUAAUGGGCCUGAGGCUUAG